GCCGUUGCCUCCACUGCUGGGCGCCUGGGCAGCUCCCCGGGCUUCUACGGCCGCCAUGGACGAGCAGGCGGGUCCUGGCGUCUUCUUCAGCAACAACCACCCGGGCGCCGGCGGUGCCAAGGGGCUCGGGCCUCUGGCGGAGGCUUCCGCGGCCGGCGACGGGGCGGCUGCAGCGGGGGCGGCCCGAGCCCAGUACAGCCUCCCGGGGAUCCUGCACUUCCUGCAGCACGAAUGGGCCCGCUUCGAGGUGGAGCGAGCCCAGUGGGAGGUGGAGCGGGCGGAGCUGCAGGCCCAGAUUGCCUUUCUUCAAGGAGAAAGGAAAGGUCAAGAAAAUCUGAAGAAGGAUUUGGUGAGAAGGAUCAAGAUGCUGGAAUACGCUCUCAAACAGGAAAGAGCCAAAUACCACAAGUUGAAAUAUGGGACCGAAUUGAACCAGGGCGAUAUGAAGCCUCCAAGCUAUGAUUCUGAUGAAGGUAAUGAAACCGAGGUGCAGCCACAACAAAAUAGCCAGCUAAUGUGGAAACAAGGUCGCCAACUGCUUAGACAGUACCUACAAGAGGUGGGUUACACAGAUACUAUCCUAGACGUGAAAUCCAAGCGAGUGCGAGCGUUGUUGGGGUUGUCGAGUGAUGCCCCUGACCGGGAAGAUGACAGGAGUCAGGACGCAGUGUUAAACGGCACAGAGGCCGAAGUUAAAGAGACGGGAAUGAUUGGAAAAUCCGAGCUAACAGAUUCUGCUUCCGUGCUGGAUAAUUUCAAAUUCCUUGAAAGCGCAGCUGCAGAUUUCAGUGAUGAAGAUGAAGAUGAUGAUAUUGAUGGACGGGAAAAAAGCGUCAUUGAUACUUCAACAAUCGUUAGGAAAAAAGUACUGCCUGACAGCAGUGAAGAUAGAGAUACAAAGGAAGCCCUAAAGGAGUUUGACUUCUUGGUUACAUCAGAUGAAGGUGACAAUGAAUCUAGAAGUGCUGGCGAUGGAACAGAUUGGGAAAAGGAAGACCAGUGUCUCAUGCCUGAAGCCUGGAACGUGGACCAGGGAGUGAUUACCAAGCUCAAGGAGCAAUACAAAAAGGAGAGAAAGGGGAAAAAGGGGGUGAAGAGAAAAACUACCGAAGAUCUGUUUCAGCCUCUAUCCUAUAUAAAACAAUCAAAACAGGGAUGUGGGAGAAUGAUGGAUCAAAGCUCAGGGCCCAAUAGGUCAAAACUACAAGAUAUGCUUGCUAAUUUGAGAGAUGUUGAUGAGCUUCCCUCAUUGCAGCCAUCUGUGGGUUCACCUUCCAGACCCAGCAGUUCCAGGCUUCCAGAACACGAAAUAAAUAGGGCAGACGAAGUGGAAGCAUUGACAUUCCCUCCUUCUUCGGGAAAGUCAUUCAUCACGGGAGCAGACGGAGCCCUUGAGAGUGAAUUGGGACUUGGAGAACUGGCAGGUCUUACUGUGGCCAAUGAAGCAGACUCACUAACUUAUGAUAUAGCAAACAAUAAGGAUGCGCUGCGGAAAACCUGGAAUCCCAAGUUUACAUUAAGAAGUCAUUUUGACGGUAUCCGAGCCCUUGCUUUCCACCCCAUUGAGCCCGUUUUGAUAACAGCAUCAGAAGACCACACGUUAAAAAUGUGGAAUUUGCAGAAAACAGCCCCCGCCAAAAAGAGUACGUCUCUUGAUGUAGAACCUAUCUAUACAUUCAGGGCUCAUAAAGGUCCAGUGCUAUGUGUGGUGAUGAGCAACGAUGGUGAGCAGUGUUACAGUGGAGGGACAGAUGGGCUGAUCCAGGGCUGGAACACCACUAACCCCAACAUCGACCCCUAUGACUCCUAUGAUCCUUCUGUUUUAAGAGGCCCUCUACUAGGCCACACAGAUGCAGUCUGGGGCUUGGCGUAUAGUGCAGCACAUCAGCGCUUACUGUCCUGUUCAGCAGAUGGCACUUUGCGCUUGUGGAGCACAACUGAGGCGGCCCCAGCCCUGAGUGUGUUUAAUGAUAAUCAAGAAUUAGGAAUCCCUGCCUCUGUGGAUUUAGUGAGCAGUGACCCUAGCCUUAUGGUAGCGUCAUUCAGCAAAGGAUACACAAGCAUCUUUAACAUGGAAACCCAGCAACGUAUUCUUACUUUGGAAUCCAACCUGGAUACAACAGCCACUACUUCCUGCCAAAUUAAUAGAGUCAUCAGUCACCCCACUCUUCCUAUCAGCAUCACUGCUCAUGAAGACAGGCACAUCAAGUUCUUUGAUAACAAUACAGGCAAAUUGAUCCACUCCAUGGUAGCCCACUUAGAAGCUGUUACAAGUUUAGCAGUUGACCCUAAUGGCCUGUACUUGAUGUCUGGCAGUCAUGACUGUUCUAUACGUUUAUGGAACCUAGAAAGUAAGACGUGUAUUCAGGAGUUCACAGCUCAUCGGAAAAAGUUUGAGGAAUCAAUUCAUGAUGUAGCUUUCCACCCAUCCAAAUGCUACAUAGCCAGUGCUGGAGCAGACGCGCUGGCUAAAGUCUUUGUAUGACACCAGGCGUCCUCGUCGUCCUAGCUCUCUACCAGUUGUCAACGGCACAAAGAGAUACAGACAACCAGGGCAGGAAGCACCUCGGCCUGCCCUUUUGUUCUGCUGAAGGAGCACAGAGAACAUUUGUUAAAGUAUAGUUUCGCAAUUUGUAUACUGUUUUCUAAAACUAAGGUGUGGCCAGGUUGCUGCAAGCUCAGCUAAAUCCGUGAGCCUGGAAACGGUUUCACAAUUUCCCCCUAGUAGAUGCUUGUACCUGGAGGUUGUUCCCUUUCGCUAGGCCAGCCUGGGCGAAGAAAGGGUUCCGUUUGUUCCUAUUUGAGUAAAUAAGGCGCUCUGUGUAUGAUCAUUUAAAGAGCUUGACGAGUGGGUUUGAGUAGAGAAAGAAUGGAAACUCUCCCCUGUGAAACCUUGUUAAACGUAGUUAGCACAGUAAUCUACCAUAUCUGCUGUACUAACCCCUUUGGCCUAAUGGCCAGGCAGUGUUCAAAAGAGUUUUUAAUAUAGCUCGCCCUUCAGCCGUUCACAUAAAGCAACUGGCAUUUUACCUAUUCGUGGUGGGUGGACGGGUACCUGCAAUAAUAUGUUAAAUAGAAUAUUAUUCAGAAAUGCUAAACGAAUAUUUAGUUUGCAGGCUGAUGUCUGUGUUAACAUUUUUGAAAAUAGAUUUGGUACCAUUCUAAAGUUUAGCUGUUGGAUACUCACUAUCAUGAGGAAUAGUUGAUACAGUCUGCACUUACUAAAGGAUUUAACUUAUUCAGGUUUGCGAUUCUGUUUAUUAAGGAAAAACGGCAUAUCUUUAUAAUAAUUUUUAUUAAUUUUAAAAUUCCCUUUUGUUCAUGUUAUAUUUAUAGUCCCAGAGUGAUUAUUUCAUAUCAUUGAAGUCCUACCUUUUGAUGUCUGAAAAAAGCAAAUAACUGUUUUUAUCAGCAUCCACAUAACCAGCCAUGUUUCAGAUGACCUGUUCAUUCUUUUUUGUCUCUCACACGCGUGUGAUCUGACACCUGCCAGAAGGAGUUCUUAAUUGUUUUAGCCGUCCAGAGAAUAAGGUUAACCUCAGCCAGCUGCUUCUGCAGAAGUGGAAAAUGAAGCAAGUCCUCUAUUCAUAUCUUUAAGAAGAUGAGCUCCUAGAAAUUGAGGUGAAAGAGUUCAAUAUAUAACAUUGACUAAAAGGUUCUGGUUCAUUCCCUCUCCCAGUGUUUUAAAUGGAUUAUAAAAUGGUCUGAUGGGCUGUGAAUCAGUAUUUGGGGGCAAGGGGUGGGGAAUGGGCAUACCUGAAAGGACUAGGCUUCCCUGAGCCCACCUUGUCUGUGGCCCACAUCUGAUCACCUCGUAGGUUGUUGUUAUUUUUGACCCUGCCAUCUGAAUUUGGGCCUGUCACACAGAGCCAAACCUUAUAACUCUGUUCUUCUCAUACUCUUUCUCUUGUUAGCCCAAAAGGACAAGCCCAUCUGUAAGAUAGAAAGAAAUGAUUAGUACUCAACUUUUCAUGCAAUAAGCUGGCUUUCAGACUUAUAAAGCAAAAAAUUAUAUUCCUAAAUGUUUUAACCCAUUCAGGUAAUUCUGGCAUUCCUCUCCCCACAUAAUCCAUUUGACACUUCUGGGAAUAUUUUGGUGAUGUAGGUAAUAAUUGCCAAUUAUUUAAAAUUUAUGCUUAGCUGCAUCUUGAGACUUCUGCAAUAUAUAGUCAAAAUUGCUUUUAAGCUAAGCACUUGUGCUAAUUUUCCUGAAUGUUGUACAGAUAUGCUAUAGUAUUGUGACACAAAAAUCAUUUCAUUUUAUCUGUAUCUUGGUUAACAAUAGGCUCAAGAGACUCUUUUGAAUUAUCGAUUGAGUUGACCUAGACAAGAGCUGUCAGGUGAAUGUUUACAUUCCCACGCAGAUGUAGAAUUCCAUAUUGUGUUCCAUAUUGCAUUCUUCUGGUCCUUCACAGAGUGAAGGAAGGGUGCUAACCUAACAUUUGCAAAUUGCAACCAGGUGCCCUUAUUGGUAUUUUAUGAUGGAUGACCAUAAAACUAUUGUUCCACUCUUUACUGCUUUCAUUACCUUCCAAGGUCUUCAGUGCCUACCUGGCUUAUGCCGCUAAGGCGCUCUCUUUCCCUGUCCAUUUUAGGUCUCGUGGUUGGAAUCCUUCUGUUAGUGAAUGGAGAAUAACCACGAGCUAGCUAGACUGGAGUGCAGAGGGCGGCACUGUUGAAAGUCCCGUAGAACGCCAGUGCUGUGCCAAUGGAGACUGUACAUGAAGAGAGGGAGUGUUCUCCACUAGAGCUGUAUGGUUUCAGCUUAGAAAUGAGCCAGAGCUGUCUUCCAAUCAGAUAGUGGCAUCUACAUGUGUCUGACUCCCCCUUCCCCCGCUGCCUACUGAAAGUUCAAAUUACCAAAUGAACAGAGUCACAGUCAUUAAACUGCUUUCAUAGCGCUUGAGAUGUCCUCGAUCUUUUGGAUGACAUAGUAUUAGUGUUGGAGCAGUAUGAAGAUCAGCAGGCUGUGGGGACCCUUGCCUGGUUUUCAUUUACUCUGGCUAGAUCUGGGGGCUGGCACCACCCUCCUCCCAACUCAGCUGUCAUCUGAAGCUCAUGUGUUGCUCAGACCAUAGACACCUAUUUAGCAGAUGUGAUACACUGACCUUCAGUAUUUUUCUAUUAAACAAGUUUAGCAGUUUUUGCCAUUAAACAAAUAAUUAGUUAUGCAAAGUAUUUAGAUUUUUAUAAUCGUUUUAGUAUGACUAAAAGGGGGGAAAUUGAGCUGCAUCAUUGAUAAUGAGCCUUGUGAAAAAUUUUCAUUUAUCUGACUUUCAUUCCUUCAGUAUUCUUGCUAUAAAUUUCUUUUGGAGAGAAUUAUGAAGAUUUAUUUGAAAAUGUCUAAAAAUGUAUGUAUAUUUUAUAAAUAUAUAUUAUAUAUAUUGUACAAAUAUAUAUAAUAUAUAUAGACUAUAUAUAUAUAUAUAACCAUAGGUGCAUUUUACUGUUUUGUAUUUUCAUUUUGGGAGGUAGUAUACACAAUGGAUAAUGAUGAGUAUGGUGAGUGUUGUGCUGUUUGCUUUUGCAAUAUAAUAUAUAGUUACAAAUGUCUAAGUUACUGUAUAUACUAUAUUCAUUAUAGGCUAGCAUGCUUGUUUUAAAGACUGUCAUUCUAGUUUAUUAAAAUCUGAAUGUAAGAAAACCUGGCUAUUCAAAUGUGAAUCAAAAAAUAUUCCAUUCUCAGUACUGAUCGAUUUCCAUUGAAAUAUUUCCAUCAGACUUUUUAACAAAACAGAAAUCUUUAAAAGGCAAUAGCUAGAGAAUGAGAGGUGCCUUUCAAAAACACAAAUGCAGCCUUACAGUGAGGAUGAGGACUGAAUUUGUGUGGCGGGUGGGCGGGGAUGAGAGAGUGAGUGUGUGUGCAUUGGGGUGUGUUUGUCAGUCUGUGAAGGUCCUGAUUUGUGAUCAUCGAUGUCUUUUCAAUGUGUCUGCUCAAAUUGUGGGGGUUCAGGGGACAUUCCAUGCGCUGUCGUGGUGCUCUUCUGAGCACCACAUAUACAAGUAUUUUGAAUGUGAAUUCUUAGAAAUUUCAGUAAGGAAAAACAAAAACUAUUCCUUCAUUCUAGUCAGGUUUGGGUCAAAGAAGAAAUUAAUUGGUUCACCAAAAUUAUGGAAUCUUAUUUCACUUCGGCUAAAUUACUUUUUUUUAAGGCUCACCUUUUUAGUACUUCAUAGGUAUUUUCCUUUACACUAGAGUAUAUCAUGAAAUUCUCUGAUGAAGAUUCCGCCUUUAAAAGUUCUUUUUAGAUCAAACACCUGAAAUUUCACCUGCAGAGUAGUCUUAGGUAUUUAAAUGGCAUCUUUCAUAUCUACCUCUUUGUUAUUGCUGCCGUUUUAACAGAAGCAAAUCUGUAUGACAUCUGAAAUGAUGGUUGGAUGCAAUUUAAAAAUCUAUAUUGGUGCUUUUCUCAGGUUUUUGUUAUCUAAGUUUCAUUUGCCUAAUGUCACAUCAGAUCAAAAGACUUGGAAUUAAUUUUGGUUUCUCUUGGAAAGGAUUGCUUAAAAUUAACCAUCACUGUUGAUAGUGAAGAUAGUUAAUUUCAAAUUGUGUGUCUAUGUGAUAAUUUCAACAAAGAGCCAAACUGUUAAUGAAUUUACAUGGAAAAGGAUCUCUAGGUAUAAUUUCCUGCAGUGUAUCCAUUGAAAUCGAUUUCAAAACUAUUAUGUGCAUAACCCUUUAUUUUAUUUACUCAGAGGUUGCCUCCACUACUCUGUUACUUGUUUAGUAAUUUAUAUAAUCGUAUUACUUUAAUGUUCGACACUGGGAUUCAGGUUUUACUAAGUAAUAGCUGACAGAAAUUACAUGUAUGUAAUGUAUUUGUCCCAAAAGUUCCCCUUGAGGGGAAGGUUGAGAAAAUGCACAUAUCUGUGUUUAAAAACAAGGCUAUGUCAUUAGUAAGUCAUUUUAACCAUUUUACUCUUGCCAUUCAAAGCUUUUCAAUUGGCCGUACCCUCAUCCAACUAAUCUCUAUGUCAGUGUGAAGGACAUCAGAAUGACAGUGUAUUUAACAGAUCCUUUGCAUUUGUUCGGUCUUUUUUUAAAUCUGAAAAGGGCAGAUGUGCGGUCUAGUAGAGGCCCGCUGGGUUCCACAGCAGUAUUCCUGUAGUGGUGCUGAGGGGUCGGGUUGUGCUGGAUCUCUGCUAGUCAAACUUUAGGUUCGAUUUAACUGGGACCACGUGUUUGUCAUCCUUCUGAUGCAAAUGAGAACGUUCCAUUUAAUUUAGAGUAACUCUAAUGUCUGCCUGGGUUUAUAACAGGCUGUGAACCAGUGAGUGCCUUGUUAAAGUAGAAUGAUUUUUCCCUGGUUGUGUGUUAGCUCCUCUCUGAAAAUGUCUUGGAGAAUGGUAUUUUUAAUUGACUUGUAGAGAGCUGCUGAAUUCGGUAGUCUCACAGUCAGAAAGGCUUGGGUCUACCACAUUCCUUCCCUCCCUCCUUUCAUUUCACUCUAGCUGAUGUUUGCUUAUGAGUAAAGCAUUGCAGCCCCCCUUCUCCAUGUGCUUUCUUUUUGGUCCAUUCCAACUCUGUGGUCUCUAGAACCUGCUCUUAGGAAGAACCAUUUUGUAAUACUGAAAUCUCCUGAUUAUUUCCUGUCUUCCGGACUUCAUUGUACUUUUAUUGACCCUAGGACUUUAUCAGUUCACCUUCCUAAAGAACCUCUUUUUCCUCCCCCUGCCUUCUCCAACCACCUUGGUGAGCCCUGGGCCAGAUGGUUUGAUCUUUCAGGUAUUUUAAAAUUUAGUCGUCAAUUAAUGUAAAUUAAUCCAAAUGCUAAUUUUUGUGGUGCAAGAAGUUUCUUUUGUAAAUUCAGGGUCUGGAUAAGCUAAUUAAGAUAUCCAUUUUUUGGUGGCUCAAAGUGUAUUGUUUGUUUUUAAAUAAAAUGUACAAAUAUAGAUGA